UUGAUUUUAAAAAUUUGGCAUUUUAAGUUCACACUCGUAAGCGCCAUUAAAAGUAGCGUCUGUCGAGAGGACGGUACCGUUAUAAUAGAUGCUUGCCGUACUGCGAAUGCUGAGAAACUUAUUAACCAGCUCCCAGAGAAGUAUAACACCUUGGUUGGUGACCGUGGGGUUCAGCUUUCUGGUGGUCAGAAACAACGCAUUGCAAUAGCUCGAGCAAUUGUCCGGAAUUCGAAAAGUUUUUUGUUAGAUGAAGCAACCAGCGCGCUUGAUGCUGAAAGUGAAAACUUAGUGAGGAAAGCUUUAAACAAGGCAGCCAAAAAUCGAACAACUUUGGUGAUUGCCCAUUGGCUUUCCAGUGUAAAAAACGCUGAUAAAAUACUGGUUGUCAAGGAUGGAAGUAUAGUAGAAGCUGGGACCCAUCAGACACUGAUUGCAAAAUGUGGAUACUGUCAUGAUUUGGUCAAUGCGCAGAUAAUUUCCGACUUGGAAGGAAAUGGUUCCCAGACUACGUCAAGCCCCUUGGAUCGACAGCUUUCUGUUGGGUCUUCUGCCUCGCUUCAGCCAAGUGACACUUGUGAGGAAGAGUUGCGUUGUUCGUCUCAGCCUUUCAAGUCCUUUAAAAAUGACGUCACGGUCAACUCGGAUAACGAAAAUGAAGUUGAACGCUUAAAGAAGGAUCUGAAAGAGGAGGGGGCAAAAGAAUCUGAUCUUUGUGCCAUUUUGAAGUAUUCGCUGCCAGAAUGGGGUUUCAUAACAUUUGCCUUGAUAAUAUAUGCCAUACAGGGCUGUGGCUUCCCAUCCUUCGCCUUUCUUUUCUCAGUAAUUCUAAACAUGUUUUCAAAACCGAAAGAAGAAAUGAAGAAUGAAGGGCAUUUUUGGGCACUGAUGUUUUUAGUGUUGGGAGGCUCUAUGGCAUUAUGCGUGUCUUCGCAGGCUAUAAGCUUUGGUUAUGCAGCGGAGAAACUUACAAGAAGACUGCGCUACAUUCUGUUUCGGAAUAUCCUCAGUAUGGACGUUGCUAUCUUUGAUAUGCCAAAACAUUCAAGUGGUAAAAUUUUGGCUCGUUUGGCAAUGGGUGCUCCCAACGUAAAAUCGGCAGUUGACUACCGUUUGGGAAGUGUUAUCACGUCUUUGGUUACAACUGCUUGUGGUAUCUCUAUAGCUUUCGCUUACAGUUGGCAGCUAGCAUCUUUAAUUGUUGCCCUAGUACCAUUUGCCGGGUUCGCUCACUACUUACACAUCCGAUUUAUGGAGGGUCGUCAUCGCAAGUCUUCAAAGGAAGUUGAGACCAGUGGCAAAGGGCUUUGCUUUGGUCUCUCGCAUUCGGCCUUUUUCUUCAUAUACACUUUUUCCUUUCGCCUUGGUUUGUACUUCAUCAGCACGGGUGUUCUGGGCCGGAUGCAAGUGCUCAGAGUAACAUAUGCUAUAAAUUUUACAACUGGUGGUAGAGGAUUUAUUAGUGCAUAUUUCCCAGAGUAUGUUAAGGCGAAAUUGUCAGCAGGAAUAAUUUUCAAAAUGCUUCGAGAAGAUUCCAAGAUUAACGGCUUGUCGCUUCAAGGAGUGAGACUUGAAGUGAAUGAUAAAAUAAGCACAAAUAACCUGCGUUUCGCAUAUCCAGAACGUCCGACAGUGGGAGUUUUGAAGGGUCUUAGUCUGGAAGUAGAUAUUGGAAAAAAGCUUGCUAUUGUUGGUGCAAGUGGAUGCGGUAAAAGCACAGUUGUUUCUAUACUAGAAAGGUUUUACGAUUUCUCGUGCGGCAAAGUUUUACUGGAUGGAUACAACGUUCGAGAUUUCAAUCCCCAGUAUCUUCGUUCAUGUUUUGCUGUGGUUUCUCAGGAACCAAUUUUAUUUGACUGCACCAUUAAGGAAAACAUUGUUUACGGACUAAUGCGAAGGACAGUUGACGACAAUAAAAUUUUUGAAGUUGCGCAACAGGCGAAUAUCCAUGACUUUAUUGUCAGUUUGCCAGCCGGUUACGAAACGAAAGUUGGUGAGAAGGGAGUCCAGUUAUCAGGAGGUCAGAAGCAAAGAAUAGCCAUAGCUAGAACACUUAUUCGCGAUCCAAAAAUUUUAUUGUUGGAUGAAGCUACGAGUGCGCUUGACGCAGAGAGUGAAACGGUUGUGCAAGAGGCUCUGAACAGGGCAGUCCAAGGCAGAACAUGCGUAAUAAUUGCCCACAGGUUAUCGACAGUAAUCAGUGCCGAUUGUAUCGUUGUAAUGGGACGCGGGUCUAUUUUAGAACAAGGUUGGUGUUACUUCUUAGGCCAUUAUAUAAUAUUUUCAUUGGUUAUUGGAUAUAAAUUAGUUCUCUAG